AUGAAGUUCGCCUCUGUUCUGAGCGUGCUUGGGGCCCUGACGGCUGUAUCCGCCGUUCAGGUGAAUCCACUUCCCGCCCCCCGUAACAUCACCUGGGGAUCCUCCGGUCCAAUCCAAGUCAACCACUUGAAAUUGAACGGUCAUCAGCCAGCUGUGGUUACGAAAGCUUGGGAACGAGCAUGGGAAACAAUUACCACCCUGCGAUGGGUCCCUGCAGCUAUUGAAAUCCCCAUCGCCUCCUACCCAGCCUUCCCCUCCUCAACCCCUGCCGCCAACGCCAAGCGCGCGCCCGCGGCAAUCCACAACGUCGAGGUCCAUGUGGUGGACAAAGAUGCCGAUCUCCAACAUGGCGUGGAUGAAUCCUAUACACUGGUAGUGGCCCAUGGGGGUAUCAGGAUCAAUGCCCAGACCGUCUGGGGUGUAUUGCACGCAUUCACCACUCUGCAACAGAUUAUCAUCUCGGAUGGCAAGGACGGCUUGAUCAUUGAACAGCCCGUCAAGAUCAAGGAUGCCCCCUUGUACCCUCACCGUGGUAUCAUGAUGGACACCGGUCGCAACUUCAUCACCGUUCGCAAGAUCUUCGAGCAGAUCGAUGGUCUCGCCCUCUCCAAGCUCAACGUUCUCCACUGGCACUUGGACGAUGCUCAGUCCUGGCCCAUGCAGAUGAGCUCCUAUCCCGAGAUGACCAAGGAUGCCUACUCGGCUCGCGAAAUCUACACCGAGCAUGACAUGCGUCGCGUGCAAGCUUAUGCCCGCGCGCGAGGUGUCCGCGUCAUUCCCGAGGUCGACAUGCCCGGUCACUCUGCCUCGGGCUGGCAACAGGUCGACCCGGAGAUUGUGGCUUGUGCCAACACCUGGUGGUCGAACGAGGUGUGGUCGGAGCACACCGCGCUCGAGCCCAACCCUGGCCAGCUCGAUAUCAUCUACCCCAAGACCUACGAAGUCGUCAACAACGUCUACCAGGAAUUGUCCAAGAUCUUCGGCGACAACGUCUUCCACGUUGGUGGCGAUGAGAUCCAGACCAACUGCUACAACUUCAGCACCCAUGUCACCAAGUGGUUUGCCGAGGAUCCCUCGCGCACCUACAGAGAUCUCACCCAGUACUGGGUUGACCACUCCAUGCCCAUCUUCCGUAGUGUCGGCGACCACCGUCGCCUCAUGAUGUGGGAGGACAUGGCCAUCGCCACUGAGAGUGCUCACCACGUGCCCAAAGAUGUCAUCAUGCAGAGCUGGAACAGCGGCGCGGGUAACAUCAAGAGGCUCGCCAAGGCUGGCUACGACGUCGUCGUUUCCUCCUCCGAUUUCCUCUACCUCGACUGCGGCCACGGCGGCGCUAUCACCAACGACGUCCGCUACAACGAGCAGUCUAACACUGCCGGCGGCGUGAACUUCAACUACGGCGGCGACGGCGGCUCCUGGUGCGCCCCCUACAAGACCUGGCAGCGCAUCUACGACUACGACUUCCUCACCAACCUCACUGCCACCGAGGCGAAGCACGUUAUCGGCGCCGAGGCUCCCUUGUGGGCCGAGCAGGUCGACGAUGUGACCAUCUCCAGCGCAUUCUGGCCUCGCGCCGCUGCUCUGGGUGAGCUUGUCUGGUCUGGUAACCGUGAUGCUGCGGGCAGAAAGCGCACCAAUAACCUCACUCAGCGCAUCCUGAACUUCCGUGAAUACCUCGUUGCUAAUGGUGUGAUGGCCACUGCUUUGGUGCCCAAGUACUGUCUGCAGCACCCUCAUUCUUGCGACGCCGAUAAAAACCAGACUGUGAUCCAUUGA